GACCUUGCGCGCCGCUCCUGCGUCAGGAUUAUUAAUUUGUAAAUUAUUAUAACUAUACGAGUAUAAUAACAAGUCAUACAUAUACUUAAAAGAAGACAUAAUAAUUACAUUGUGCAAGGAUAAUCUGUAUAACUCAGAACAAUGGUACAACUGCACUUUAUUCUGAUAUCGGCGUUAGGGGCACUGUUAAUGGCUAUACUAUUGAUGAUAUCACAAGUUAUUAAUCCAUUUUUAUCGUUCGUUAAUUUUCUUGAAGAAGGCAUAGACCAAUAUGACAACGAACCACCUGACCAAGAUAAUUUGUUUGUAGAAUACGAUUUCAUUGUUGUUGGUGCUGGUACAGCCGGUUGUGUUAUCGCUAAUCGUUUAACUGAAAUACCAGACUGGAAAGUACUGUUAGUAGAGGCAGGAGUCAGCGAGAACUUUCUUAUGGACAUCCCUAUACUUGCUAACUAUCUUCAAUUUACGUCAGCGAAUUGGAAGUAUAAAACGAAACCAUCUGACAAAUAUUGUACGGGAUUCGCAAACCAUCAAUGCAACUGGCCUCGAGGAAAAGUUGUAGGAGGAUCGAGCGUACUUAACUAUAUGAUUUACACAAGAGGUGCACCACAGGACUACAAUAAUUGGGAAGCAAUGGGUAACAAGGGUUGGAGUUGGGAUGAGGUGUUACCAUACUUUAAGAAAAUUGAAAAGUUUAAUAUCCCUGCUCAUGACAAUCCUGAUUACCAUGGAUAUAAAGGCUUCUUAAAUGUGGAGCAUGCCCCAUUUCAAACUGCAAACUCUAAAGCAUGGGUGGAAGGCGCUCAAGAAUUAGGAUUCAAGUACACUGAUUACAAUGGAGCCAAUCCAGCCGGAGUUUCUUUCUUGCAAUUGUCAAUGAAAAAUGGAACCCGACACAGUUCAAGUAGAGCGUACUUACAUCCAAUUAAUAAAAGAAAUAAUAUUCACCUCUCAAAACAUAGUAUGGUAACAAAACUUAUUUUCGAUUCAAAUAAUAAGAAGGUUAUCGGAAUAGAAGUUGAAAAACGGGGAAAGCAACUGAAAAUUCUAGCUAAAAAAGAAGUUAUAAUUUCUGCGGGUGCAAUUAAUUCACCACAACUUUUGAUGCUGUCAGGCAUAGGGCCAAGAGAUCAUUUGGAGACACUUAACAUACCUGUAGUGAAAGACGUGCCAGUCGGUUACAAUUUGAUGGACCACAUCGCUGCCGGUGGAGUACAAUUUAUGGUUCAUCAGCAACACUUUAUUUUGUCCACUAAUUACAUUAUUAAACACUUAGAUUUGGUGUUCAGUUGGAUGAAAACACACAAUGGACCUUUAUCUUUACCAGGUGGUUGUGAAGCUUUAAUUUUUAUGAACUCAAAAGAUAGAUUUAACGGAACAGCUUGGCCGGAUCUGGAGUUACUUUUCAUUGGUGGUGGAUUAAAGUCCGAUCCCUUACUAGCGAAAAACUUCAAUUUCGAUAAAAAAAUAUUCUCAGAAACGUAUAGUCCGUUAGGAAAAAAUGCUUUCAUGAUAUUUCCUAUGUUAAUGCGACCAAAAUCGAAAGGUAGAGUAAUGCUACAAAGUUCAAAUCCAAAAGACCACCCUAUUUUGAUACCAAAUUAUUUUGAAUAUCCAGAGGAUUUACAAAAGAUAGUUGAAGGAAUAAAAGUUGGUAUAGAAAUUUCUAAACAGCCAGCCAUGCAAAGACUUGGAGCAAAAAUGUAUGACGUACCAAUUGAAGAAUGUCUUAAGCGUGGACCUUUUGGUAGUGAUGCUUACUUUGCUUGUCAAGCCCAGAUGUUUACAUUUACUAUAUACCAUCAGAGUGGAACUUGCAAAAUGGGUGUGGAAAGUGAUCCGUCAGCUGUGGUAGACAACAGACUACGAGUACAUGGGAUUACGGGACUUAGAGUUAUAGACGCUAGUGUAAUGCCCGAAAUAGUAUCAAGUCAUACGAAUGCCCCAGUGUACAUGAUAGCAGAACGGGGUUCGGACUUCAUUAAAGAGGAUUGGGGUCGUUUGAGCUAAAAGAUAAAUAACUCAACUGCUCAUUAGUUGCUACAUAUUUUUUUAAAUAUUAAUUUAAAUAAUAUAUUGUAGAACUAAAUAACAAUACUUUAUUUAUUUGUUAAUUGUCAGUAAAAGUACAGUAAUAAGUUGUAAUAAAAAUAUAAACAGCCUAAACUUGUGCUGGGAUCAUAUCACACAACAGUCCUCAUUAACGACCUUUUUAAAUAUUUUUAGAAACAUUUUUUAUGGC